AUGGCUUUGAUACAGUUAUUAUCUGAAGAGGUGAUAACCAUCAUUCUCGGCUGCAAUAAUAUAAGUAUUGAGGAUAUUGUGAACUUUAGAUGCACGUGCAAGCAGUUCCAGUGGGCAGGCGAAUCCAAGAAGUUUUGGCAAAAAAAAUAUUUGCAGAGAUGGCUUAAUGCGAAUAAGGACUGGUAUAAACUUCUCGAAAAAAGUACAAAAAAUGAGCAGGAGAAAUCUAAACUAAAACAGCAAAAAGAUUGCGAUCUGACUAAAAGAUAUUGCUAUAAGAAAAUGUUUUACUUUCUGAGACAAUGUUUGGUGAAUGCAAAGUGGGAAAUUAAAAAAAAACCUCACAGCAAGCAACUUAUAGAACGGAUGGCUACUAUUGUGGCCCAAUGGCUUCAGCCUGAAAAAGAAGUAUUAUUCUCGUCCAUAAAAGCAUCAUUAAAUAAUAUCAAACAAAAAGUACUGAAUCAGCUAAGGAACAAAUAUCCCGACCAUUUAAUAUUCUCUACGUCCGCCGAUAAAUUUUUAUAUUGGGAAAACAACAAUAUCGACAAUAAUUAUUGGAACGAAGCAGAAGGAACCCAGAUCAUGGAUGCACUUCAGGAAUAUUUAUUUGAUGACUUCAACUUUCCACAAAUGAACUCAGAAGACAAAAAAUUGGAACACAGUUGUAUAGAUAAUGUCGUAGAAAAUAAAUGUGGUCGAAACGUAAUUUUCUCAAUAAUAUAUCUCAGUGUGGCCAGAAGACUUGGUUUACGAUGCGAUAUAAGACUAAAUAAUUUAACACUAAUAAUAUAUUGGAAACCCGAUUAG